AUGAAAUUUCAAAGCACAUCAACAUAUGUGUGGACGUUCCUACUUGACUUUGUCACUCAUUCAAGAUUGUCAGAGACUACAACAGUGUAUCCGGCCGACGUCUUGCUGUUCGAGGGGAUUUUGGUGUUCUAUAACCAAGAAAUAAGGGACAUGUUUCAGUUGAAGUUGUUUGUGGACACGGACUCUGACGUCAGGCUGUCCCGCAGGGUUCUGCGGGACAUGAAGCGGGGGAGAGACCUGGAGCAGAUUCUCACGCAGUAUACCACCUUUGUCAAGCCAGCAUUCGAGGAGUUCUCUCUCCCGACUAAAAAGUAUGCAGACGCCAUCAUUCCACGUGGAGUGGAUAAUAUGGUCGCCAUUAACCUGAUCAUGCAGCACAUCCAGGACAUUCUGAACAGAGACAUUUCUGAUGUUUGGAUAGCUUGUGGCUUUUUAGCUAAAAUAGCCAAGGACAUGCUGGGACUUGUGGUCUUACAAUAG